AUGGCGGAGGUGGUAGGCCUGGUCGCCAGUGUCGUGCAGCUAGCUGGCGCAGGCUUGAAGCUGUCCCAAACGCUGUACCAGUAUGCCGAUGGUGUGGCUUCUGCCGAUCGCAGAAUCAAGGAUAUCGCGAACGAAGUCAAGCUCACAAGCUUCGUUAUCCAAGAGCUGGGGACCAUCUUCGAGAGAGACGAGACUGCAAACCUGAUUUCAAAAAAUGCAGUCAGGACUGCGAACGAGACGAUCAAAGAGUGUUUUGCGGUUUUCACGGAACUUGAGCUGAAAAUCAACAAGGGCAAGCCAGGGAAGAUGGGUCGGCUGAUGUUGCCCUUCAAAGACAACAAGAUCGAACUGCUCCGAAGCCAGAUCGAUAAGCUCAAGAGUACGCUAGAGCUGUUGAUGCAGGUGCUCAUACACGCUCAUCAAGUCUCAUCAGAAAAGUACAACCGCGAAGCUGAAGCGAAGCACCGAGAGGAGAUCAAGCAAUUGCUCGAGAACAAGAAGCAAGCUACACAGAAAUACGAGGAGUCGCUGAGAAACUUCAGUAUCAGCGAUGGCAGUACUAUCGUAGAUGAUGGCGAUCGAUCGCUACAGGAUAAAGACGACAUUGGUCCGCCGUCUGACCUCUUCAACACUGCUGGAGCUAUCGGCUCAACAAUCAACCCCGAUACGCUUGCCACAUGCGUGGGCCAUGUACGGAGCUUACUUGCAGACAUUGAGACACUGCAACUGGCUUUGGCCGAACAAGUAAAUGGGGAUGACCACUCCGAUCACCAUCAGAAGGCUAUCGGAUCUUACUUCCUCGCUCGCUCCCAUCUCGACAGUGUUCUGCUUGGCAAGUCUCAACCCAAUGUCACUGAUGCGAAGAUCCGGCAAUCGAUCAGCAAGAGGCGCACCAAGACUUCCAUGGUAUCCGAUGCGGCGGCACAUGUAGAGCCUCCCCGGAAAUCUCGCCCCGCUCGUUUGCGGCCCGAAAGGUCAAGAGAGGAGAUGGUGCAGAGCUUCGAGCUGGAGCGAAAGCGAGAACGACAUAGUGCUAUUUACUACCAACCUCCUGAGAGCUUGCUCGAUGAUGAGAGAGCACUAGCUUUGCUGGAAAGAUGGGAAGUACGUCUCGAGCGCGAAAGACGAGAUGAAACGACAGCCACAACAGGCUACCGUACUGCAAUGCGCCCAAAUAGCGACGACAUAUCUGUCGGCUUGUCUUCUAAGGCAGAGUAUAGGUCAAGUAGUUACCGCGCGGCUUCCGCGCCUAAACUCCAAAAGACCAGCACUGGGACCGACACAGAGCCGGAUGAAGCUUCAGACGGUGGACUUGUAACCGAGGUACCAGAUCGAAUCGAUAUUAUACAUAGAGCAGCUAGAAGGCGCUAUGACCGCCUACCUGUACAGCCAUCGCAGUCAGCCCGCGAUGAAUCCCCUUUAUCGUCACACGGAUAUACAUCUGAAGAGAUAGAAAGCAGUCAUUAUGCAUCUAGUGAACUCAAUCAAGAGGCCGAACGACGUUCCAAGAAGGACAAGAACAAGAACGAACGGCUGGAAACAGGAGAACGGAGGAGGCGCCCGCGUCGCUUUCGAACAACAGCAGAAUCCCUAUCCGUUGGACGUCCACCCUUUAGUCAGGUCGCCCCGUUCGCAGGCUCACAAGACCCAUGGAAUUUGCGCAACGACGAAAUUGCACCUCCUAUCGACCGAGCUGAAACGAAAGCUAAAGAAGAAGAGAGAGCGGAAAGAAGCGAGAGAAGGCUAGAAGAAGCGAGAAAGAGAAUCAGAGAAGUGAAGAAGAGGAUGAGAGAAGAAGAACAACAAAGACAAGAGCAAGAGAAGCAAAAACGGUCGGACACGGAUUCAAGUUCGACUCUUACUAGUGGUAAAGUACCCCACCGACAACGCGCGUCUUCGGCGGCAUCGAGGACAUGCACACCUGAUCGCAUCGAAGACAUCCCAGAGUCAGCAGGCCCAAGAGGUCGCAUCGGCGCAGCUACCAGACACCAUGAACGGUCACGCUCCCGCUCCCGUGUCCUGGUCCGCGUUAGUUCUGGAGUCUGGCAGUUCCAGCACAAACCAGCAGAAGACGGUAGCGACAAGCAAGAAGAGGGUGUGGAUCACGAGUCGGGGCUCAAGCAAGAUGAGGAGGGGGCAAAAAAGGAACGAAUGAUGAAAGCGGCCUUAGGAGGUGUUAUGGCCUACCAAACCGGCCACCGCAAGCUAUCACCUUCUCGCUCCCCUCGUCCCCGCCCCCCUCGUUCCCGCUCUCCUCAAAACGACCGAAGCUAUGAUAGCGACUCUAGCAGCUAUGUUAGUCCAAGCGAAAAGAUCGAGCGUGAGCAAGAAAGAGAUGGGAUCAAUCAGCUAAAAGAGGAACCGCGGCGUGAUCAGGUGUUGGAGGGAGAGAACACGGGGGCGGAAAGGGAACGACGAAGGGGACCACUCUGUCUUCUCCCUUGUGCAGUUGACACAAGCAGGAAAGGCGAGCAACGUAAGUGUCAUCCGAAGCUUGCAGAAACAUUCAUUCCUCUCCCCGAGAGUCCAAUAGCAGUAUUACUAAUGCCUAUACCCCCAGUGAAAAAACCACUCUCCGCCUUUGAACGGCGUCUUGAACGGCUGAGACAAGAGAGCACAGAGGAGUACUCAUCCCCAAGUAGUCAAGAAGACACUUCAGAAAGUGAAGAGGCCGAGGAUUCAUGGAGUUACAUUGACGAGACGGGAGAGGUGGGUCGAGUGGACGAGGUGGAUGAGUUACUGAAGGAAUGGACUACUCUGCUUGGAUGA